AUGGCAGGUUUCCUCGUCAAGGGUACCAUCAGGGCGGUGGUUUGGACCUACGGAUUUAUUUCUAUGAUCUUGUACGGCCUCAUAGUGGUUCGAUUGGGUUUAUUUUUCAAAAAGCCCUCCGAGAAAGAUCAGCUAGAGCUCCAACUUGCUCAUGACCGACUGUGGAAUCUGUCAAAGGAUUAUGCUGGACUCUUCCACUACUUCUUGACUCUUCCUUCUGGCUUCAAGUUUCAUUUCCUUAGUAAUGAUGUCCCCAACUCCAAGGAAGUGUUGGCGUCCAACAAGCCUCUGGUGAUUUUUAUCCAUGGUUUCCCAGAUAGUUGGGCUGUGUGGCGGCAUAUUGCCAGCAAUCCUGCUUUGCAGGAAUCUGCUACACUGGUGGCCAUUGACAUGCCUGGCUACGGCGGCUCGCAAGGCGUGAAGAAAUACAAUGGCACAAAUGUCUUGGAGAACAUGGCACAGCUUAUCAUCAACCUGCGAAUUCAGUAUGGCGUUGACAAUGCUACGGAAACGAGUAAGAAGAAGACAAUUAUCGUCGCCCAUGAUUGGGGAUGCGUUAUCGCGAUGAGACUCGCAACUGAAGCUCCGUCGCUUGCUGAUCGUUUUCUCUUGAGCAAUGGCCCACUGCCAAGCCUGAUUGAUUCUAAUAUCCGCCGCAUGCUUUGCACUGCGCGGAAGAUGAUCAACGAUGCAUGGAAUUCCCCCCUUGGUGCUCGCGCACCGUUACGCCAGGCAUGGCAGACCUUGUCUCCCUUGAGAUAUCAACUUAAAAUGUCAGGAUAUAUCUUUGUUAUGCAGCUUCCCGCCCCCCUUGCCCGGUACUUCCUGACGGGCGGCAACCAUUCAUUGAUGGCGAUGAUCCACAUUGGCUCUCACGGUAGAGCGAAGCCCACUCCUCAAGACCUGGCAAACUCCAUGGCCAGUAGCAUGGGACCUUCUCUGGAAGAAUCCAAGACCCAAACCGCUGACGGCGAAACAUAUCCGACCACCAUUCGCUUCGACUCCAAGUUUGCCAACGUGAUGAAUCUAGCCGGCUACUACCGGGACGGUGCGGAGCGUAGUCACUGGCAGAAAUCUCUGGAGACAGUGGUCGCUCUGGAUAAGCUCGCUGGUGGGAAAGAGCCGCAGGGAGCCCCGGGAGCUCUGAAGGCGCCCUCGACUGUGUUCUGGGGCAAGAAAGAUGUUGCGCUUCAUACUGCCAUCUGUCUGGAUGGUAUGGCUGAUUUCAUUCCCAAGGAUAGCCAGAUUGUCCUGCUUCCCGAAUCAGGACAUUUCACCCCCAUUGAGCUAGAAAGCCGCAUGGCCCUAACGAAGGCUAUUCAAUGGGCCAUUGAGGGUGAGCAAGGGGAUGUGGGUGCAGCAUUGGAGAAAUUCAAUGUGAAAGUGCUUGCCCGGAGGUAA